GUAACUUCCAACCUGAACGACAAUGGCUUGGAAAUCUACCUUUCUUCUAACCUCUUUCUUGGUUGGCUCUUAUGCCACACCGCUUGCGAUUCCGAAGCAUGCCCGCUCCGAGAAGAUCGCUUGGGGGGCGUGUCAAGACAAAGGAGUUACUGAGCCGGCUCAAUGCGGCAACUUGACGGUGCCGUUGGACUAUACCGAGCCCGAUUCAGGCGAAACACUCCAGCUCCAACUCCUCAAAGUCCCAGCCAUUCGCGAACCGAAGAAGGGAACCAUUCUGUUCAACUUCGGUGGGCCGGGUCUGGAGGCAAGACUGUCUCUCUUUGGAGAUGGUGAUAUCCUACAAGCUUUGACCGGAGGCCACUAUGACCUGAUUGCUCAUGACCCUCGUGGAACCGCGAAGACCCUCACCGCAUACUGCUCUACAAACGUAACAGAGAAACUUGCAAUUAGUACUGAUGCUCGAUUAAACGAUUUCCCCAGGCCCUCCGACGAGAUGGGAAUAGGAAGGCAGUGGGCUGGCAGCGGGUUGUAUGCCCAGUAUUGUUCCGAGGGAGAGCUGAAGGAGAAUGGCGCAUAUCUCAGCACAGCCUUCACUGCAAGGGAUCUGAUGCAGAUAGUGGAUGCAGUCACAGACGAUGGUCUGCUGAAGUAUUGGGGUUUCUCAUAUGGCACGGUGUUAGGAUCUACUGUUGCUGCGAUGUUCCCCGACCGGGUGGAUAAACUCAUCCUGGACGGUGUUAUGAACCCGCACCAAUACUUCAAUGAUUAUGACACCGAACUGUGGGCAGAUUCAGACAAGGUCUUCUCUAGCUUUUUCGAGCAAUGCUUCAAGACACCGGACCAAUGUGCCCUCGCUAGCCGGAAUGAGACCGCCAAACAGCUUGAGAAAAGGAUCUACCAACUUCUGGAUGAUUUGAAACGUGAACCCAUCAUCUACGAACACUCCAUCAUUGACCACAGCUACCUUAAAACGUUCAUUCGCUUCGCUCUCUACUCCCCUAGUUCCUAUCCUAACCUGGCCGCUGCCUUCAACUUUUUAUUGGACGAGAAUGUGUCAAAGUUCAUGGAGCUGGCCAACGCCCAGGUGGGUGCUUUAUUAUCGGGCUCGCUGACGGGCGACGACGCGGCAUUCGCCAUUCCCUGCUCUGAGAAGAGAACCGGAAAGCAUACCUUGGACGAGAUAAGGCCUGAUCUCGAGAUCUUAUCGCAGACGAGCAAUCUACUGGGUGAAGUCGGAAACGCUAUUGCUAUGAUGUGCACUCAGUGGCAGAUCGAUGCCAAAGAACGCUACGAGGGCAAUUUCGAGUCCAAGACCAAAAAUCCCAUUAUGGUCAUCGGCAACACAUAUGAUUCUGCCACUCCACUUCGGUCGGCCCAGAAUAUCAGUGCCAGCUUCGAACGUAGUGUUCUGCUGGAGCAUGGUGGCUGGGGUCACGCUACUUUGGCUCACGGGUCGUCAUGCACGUCCAAGAUUAUCCGUGAUUACUGGACCAAUGGUACCCUUCCUGCUGCAGGGACAAAGUGCGAACCGGAUUAUCCCCCUUUCGAACCUGGAUCAUUGAAAGAUGUUCUGGUUAAUAUCGGCUUCCUUGAUAAGGAAUAA